GGCCUCUUCCUCUUCACUAUCGCCCGCGACCCGCUCCGCAUCAUCAUCCUCAUCGCCGGGGCUUUCUUCUGGCUGGUGUCGCUGCUGCUCUCCUCCCUCAUCUGGUUUGUCGCCGUUAAAGCCAGUGACCCCCGAGAUGAGCCGUUACAGAAGGGGCUCUUGAUAUUUGGGGUGAUGUUCUCUGUGCUGCUGCAGGAGGCCUUCCGCUUUCUCUACUACAAGCUCCUCAGGAAGGCCAUCGAGGGGCUGGUGGCUCUCAGCGAGGAUGGCUGCUCCCCGAUUUCCAUCCAGCAAAUGGCAUAUGUGGCUGGUGUGGGCUUUGGGCUCAUGAGCGGCGCCUUCUCCAUGAUCAAUCUCCUGGCAGACGCAUUAGGGCCUGGCACCGUGGGCAUCCACGGGGACUCGCAGCUCUACUUCCUCACCUCAGCUUUUAUGACCAUGGUGCUGAUUUUCCUUCACACCUUCUGGGGGAUCCUCUUCUUCCACGGCUGUGAGCAUCGGCGCUGGUGGGAGAUCAUGGCGGUUGUUGUCAUGCACCUCGCUGUUUCGGGGUCGACAUUUUGCAACCCCCUGUACGUGGGCAGCCUGGUACCCUCCUACCUGUUGAUGGCCGCUGCUGCUGCCUGGGCUUACCUACUCUCAGGGGGAUCCACCCAGAACCUGCGGCGCUUCCUGCUCUGUCUACGGAGCGGAGCUAGCCCCCAGCUGGGAUCCUGAGGCCCCAUGGGAUGUUCCUGUCCCCAGCCAUCCCUGCCCUCCCCUCCAUCCUGCCAGCAAGAGCAGCCAUCACCUUCUCUGCAAUACCUUUUCUCCUGGACUGGGGGACUCCGGCCAGUCCCAGCAAGGCAGGUGCUGGGGUCUGGCUGUGGCAGCCAGCCAACCAGUUUGGC